AGGUUAAUAUUCGGCCAGUACUUGAAAAACGUGCGGACGCUACGCGCGCCGCCCGGCUGACUGUUCACCGCCCGCGCCAAAACGUUACGUAAUAAAAAAAAGAGUUUAUCUAUCACUCAGUAUUUUUAUUCUGCCGUGUUCAGUGUGUUGUGAUUUUGCCGCCUUUUUAAUUUAUUAUUUUUGACGUUUUGUUUUUUUUUCGAAUGCGAGAACUGGACAACUGAUUAAAGAUGGAUAAACCGACGAUGCAUAUGCUCUCCGUGCAGGAGAAGGGAGGCCAGACCAGGAAGGCCAACCAGUACAUAGCCGCUGUAGCAGCGGCCAUCGCUGCAGUAGCUGGUGGUACCAUCUUAGCCUGGACCUCACCAGCUCUACCACAGCUGACGCCCCUCGUCACCAACGCGACAGCUCUGGCCAGGAAUGGUUCUCUUUCUGGAAACUCCAGCCAACUCGUCAACUCCCUCAACCAGACUGCCGACUUUUUAUUGGACACUAAAGACAGCUCCCUGGUAUCCUCAAUCCUGGCUAUAGGUGCGGCUAUGAGCGCGCUCCCGGUGGGCAUGCUCGCACAGAAGAUAGGCAGGCGGCCCACCGUGCUCCUCCUCUCCAUUCCCUUCAUGAUUAACUGGCUCCUCACUAUCUUCGCCAACGGAGCUGGCAUGUUGAUCGCUGCUCGAUUCUUCGCCGGAUUAGCUACUGGCGGUGCUUGCGUGGCGGCUCCCAUGUACAUCGGUGAGAUAGCAGAGACCUCCAUCCGAGGGUCCCUGGGCGCCUUCUUCCAGUUGUUCCUGACUGUCGGCAUCCUGUUCACAUUCGUUGUAGGCGGCUGGACUCAUUGGAGGACCCUGUCUAUUGUGUCAGCUGUGUUCCCUAUUCUACUGGUAGUUGUGUUCUGGUGGAUGCCUGAAACCCCUCAAUACUUGCUCGGUAAGAACAGAAGACGUGAUGCUGAGAAGUCUCUCCGCUGGCUCCGUGGACCUGAUGCUGAUCUCUCCGUCGAACUUGAGGAUAUGCAGAAAGAGGUGGACGACGCGGCCCGGCAGCGCGCGGGCGUGCUGAGCAUGGUGACGGACCGCGCGCCGCGCAUGGCCCUCAUCUGCGGGCUCGGCCUCAUGUUCUUCCAGCAGUUCAGCGGCAUCAACGCCGUCAUCUUCUACACCAACAACAUCUUCCAGUCCGCCGGAUCCAACAUCCCCCCUGUCAUCGCCACCAUCAUCGUCGGAGUCGUCCAGACUAUCGCGACCUAUGCCUCCUCAGUCCUCGUCGAGAGAGCUGGUCGUAGAAUCCUCCUUCUCCAGAGCUCUAUUAUAAUGGGCAUCUGUCUUAUCAUCCUUGGGAUCUACUUUAAGCUUCAAAUGGAUAAGGUUAAUGUGGAUGCUGUUGGUUGGUUGCCUCUUGUCUGUUUAGUCCUGUUCAUCAUUUCGUUCUCGAUGGGCUUCGGGCCUAUUCCCUGGAUGAUGAUGGCUGAGCUGUUCCCUGUGGAGUUCCGCGGGGCCGCGACGGGGGUCACUGUCAUUGUGAACUGGAUCCUGGUGUUCAUUGUGACUCUGUGCUUCCCUAUCAUGAAGGAUGCUAUCGGUAUCUACAGCUGUUUCUGGUUCUUUGCCGCCAUCAUGGUCAUUGGCUCCUUCUUCGUAUUCUUCUUGAUACCUGAGACUAAAGGCAAGUCUGUUUCCCAGAUCCAAGCUAUCCUUAGUGGGAAGAAAGUUUAAAAAAGAUGGAAAUGUAAUUUUUUAACAUGAAUAUAUCCAUAAUAGAUUUGUUGAUUGAUUUUUAUAUCGAAAAGUAAUCCAAAAUCAAAGAUACAUUUUCUAGUAAAUUAUUAUCAUUUCUAAAUAGAAAAAAAUAUAUAUUAUUUGAUAGAUUUUUGUGUAAAUAAGAGCUGGGAAAAAUGGAUGAAAAAUCAAUAGAUAUUGCAGAAUGGAUGCAUGAAUGUCUUUUGAAAUAGAGCAAAAAAGUAUUUGACUUGAAAAUGUAUAUUUUUGUUCAUUACUAAUAAAAUAAUGAUUUAUAUUGAAUGCCAAAGCUCCGCCGAACAAUCAUAACAAUAGUAUUUAUUAAGACACAACAAAAUAAUUGUGAUGAGAUCAUUUUUAUUAUUAUUUUGUUAUUAUUAUUUUUAUUUAUGAAUGUAAUCGUUGAAUGUUUAUAAUAAUGUUAAUAAGCAAAAUGAUAGACUCUUAGCUGGCCUAAUAGUUUAAACUUUAGAUUUAGUAUAAAUAAUGAAUUUUAGUACAUUAGUCAAGUGCCAAAUGGAAACAAAUUAAAUAUUAUGUAUAUAUUUGCUAAUUUUUUAUAUAAAUUGUGUAAGAGUAAACCAAUACUAAAAAUACUCAUAUUUAAUUAUUAAUUAAAUACAAAUCGAAGCGAACAAUUACCUUUGAAUACGUAAUAAUAUAAUUAUUCCUCUUUAGAUAAAACCAAAGGAAUGUGAUAAGUAAACUUGAGUGCUUUCCGUGUUAAAAACUGUUAUAAAAUAAGUGUGAAAGAGACGCUGCUAUCUAUUAUAUAUCUCUAUCCCUCUCUAACAGAUUUAAAGGUCAUAAAACAUAUCUGACAGUGCGUUAGAGAGAUGUUGAUAUGUAGGUAAUAAGCACCGUCCCGUUCACUCAUGGUAUAUCAAAAAUCAAAAGUAUUGGUAGUGAUAAAAAUCUAAAAGUAGGGUAGAAUUAAAUAAUGAAUUUAGACAGGGAAUUUGGCUGUGUUAACGAAAUUAUUGUCGCGAAAACUAGAUGUUUAAAAAAAA